ACUGUAGGAGUCUGGGGCUGGAAGGAGGAGAAGCGAGAGGGUCAGGAUGGACCUUGACCAGAGCAUCCGGUGAGGGGCUGCUCCCGGAGGAAGGAUCUGAGAGUCCUUUCUCAUCCCUCAUAUCUGCCCAUUCCACUCCCUCCUUCCCUGAGAUCUCAGAUGAAGGACGUGCUUGUGGGAAGGAAUCAGAUGUGCUGUAGGAUCCGGACAAUGCCCAUCAUGGUGCUGCAGAAGGGUCUGCCCCAUGAAUCAGGGUCCCAGGGCUGGUUGUGGUGUUGGUCUCUAAAACCUGUGGUCUCUCUCAACCUGUGGGUUGAGGCAGCCCAUGUCCAGUUUCUUGUUUCUGCUCUACUCUCCUCUCUUCCUGCCCUCUCCAUGCAACUCCAUUGUUGCCUUCAGCAGAGUAUCCUCUUCUGUACAAACGUGCUCCAGGCUGAGGUGGGAGUUUUCCUGAUGACUUGCCAUGUGUCAGCCAGGACAGCAGAGGAAGUAUCCAGAUUGCUCCAGGUCUUGGCUGUCCGUGCUGACAUGGUGACCGAGCGGUGGCUUUUGGCAGCAGGCAGACGGGGACAGCUGCUCCGCAGAGAUUUUCUUGCAGAGAUGUGUGCAGUGAGACUGGGACCCCUCUGUUUUCCUGCUCUGUGGCUGGAGGGGAGCUGCAGCAGACACAGCAGUCUCCUUGAGCCAUCUUGCUGCGCAUGUUCCUGGCCCAGCUGAAUCAUCAGAACUUGUGCCUGGGCACAAUUGCUCUCUGUCAGCUGCAUCCUGGGAUCAGAGCGGCAUGGCUGGUGCCCAGGACAUUUUGCUAAAGUCUACAAAACCAAGUAGUACUUUUCUGGGAGUCCGAGUGUAAACAUAACAAAACUUACAGACUGAUGGAUUGAUUUUUUUUCUGGUUAGUCCAUGGUAUCUAAAAUCUGUUGCUGCAAAGAGGAGGAGGCUUGCUAUUGGUUUUCUGAGCAUUUUCCUGCAUCUGGGAGCACUGCCAAUGUAGCAAUAAAAGCUACCUGUUGGAUGUUUGGCUCCAGACAGAAGGCUGCAUGCAUGUGUGAUCCUAAGUGACUUAUUUGCCCACUGCUGCUUUUCUGCCCCCAUUGCUUUUCUGGGGAGCUGAUUGUCCCUUCCAAAGUGGGGGUGGAACUUGCUGGUGUUCCAGUGACCCUGAGACUUUGAGGAAAUCUAAACUGGGUGCUGGUGUGUGCAGCACUGCCAAACUUGGCCUUACUGACCGCCAGCAGUGCUCCCGUUCACAGCCACAGCUUGUUCCACUUGCCACUUUCCUGGAGUUCCAUUUCAGUGCUGUUUUGAGUCCCUAACACCCUGUGCCCACUGUUUGCCUUGGGAAGUGGUGUUGCUGUUUCUGUGAGCUCCUCCCUCACCAGCCCUGUUCUAUAAUUACUGAUGUUUCUGAAACUGGAUCCUUCCAUGUGUCCUGCUGAGGUUCGGGAGGACAAGGGGUCCCUAAGCAAACUGACUGCCUUGGAGUACAGCCAAGAGGACUUCAGCAGUUUGGGAAAGCAUCAUCUUACAGUGGUUCAGUGAAUUCUGAGCCUCCAACCUCCUCACCUUUGGGAUGCUAAAGGAAAGGAGAAUAUAUCCCAGACAGCUUCUCUGGCGUGCAAGUGCCAGGUUUGCAGCGUGAUCCCAAAGCAUUGGCACAGUUUCACAGCUACCUCUGCUGUGCCCUGAGCUGUGGGGGGAUGAUACUCUCUUCUUGCCAGACUUAAUGAUCUUCUCAAAUAGCAGCACUUCUGUGCCAUUUCCAGCACUGAGAAGCCUCAGUGGUGUCACCUUUCCAGUACCUGCUUGUUUCCCAGCUGCUGUCCUUGUUCCGAUGGGUCAGACCCACGUGCCCCUCCUGGCCAUGGGUACUUUGGGCUGUCCUGAAUUGACUGCUAGACACAAAUACCAGUCAGCAGCUGGCAGAAUGAGAUGUGCCAGUUUACUUCUUGAAAGUCGUCCUGGAAAUGCCUUGUACAGGAAUGUACAAGAGGAGAAGAUAGUCAUAAGCAGUGCAGGGAGCUGACUUGGGGCUGAGCAGACCAGACCUGUGAGUGUGACUGCAAACAGGUGUCAAAAGCCGUGAUACAGGAAUAAACAAUGACACUUCGCACUGAUCUAUUUCUCUGCACUUCCAAAACAUGCUGUGUCCAUGAGCUAAUGCAGCCAGGGAAAGAUCAGGAAGGAAGCACUGUAAAAAUCCUGGGUUUGUUUCUUUGUGGUGGGUUUUGGUUGGGGGUAUUUUGUGAUCAAGGAAAUGGAAGUAGAGGACUGAACCAGACUUGCUGAAGGUCAUGGAGUAGCACUUCAAGUAAGAGCUAACAACUGCAUAGCUCUUCCCUGGCUGCCCUGCUGCUGCUGCUCUUCUGCCAGCAUCAGCCACAGAGCCUGAUUAGGGCAGGGAGUCCCUCUGCUGGGAAGCUGUUGAGGGAUGAUUCCUCUGUCUUCCUGUAUCUGCCAUCUCAAGAUUUUGGAGCACAUCUCAUGCAUUCAGCAGCUGCUGGAGCCAAGGACAUCUGCAGCUCCUGGAGAGCGAGCAGCCUAGCAGACCCUGCUUUGUGCAUGGCUGAGAGUUCAGUGCCCAAAGUCUGCUUUUUUUGGUGUCUGUAACACCUCUUGCACUCUGAACAAAGCAAGCAGCAAGUUCCUUUUGGAGCAAAUGUCAUGACCUAGUUUUGGGGACAGCAUCAAUCAUGGUACAAAAAGAGAAGAAUCCGGCAAGUUUUGUAACCUUUUCAAUGAGCUGGGUUUUUUUCCCCCCCUCAAUGAUCAGGAAGUGGGUGAGUUAAAACAUGCAAUAGAUGUGUGAUUCAUUUUGGCAGCAUCCAGGCUGCUCAGGGCAGCUAAGGGAAUCUCCUGCACCCUGUGUCACAAGUCCCUGAGUAAUUAGCAGCAGCUAAUGGUCAUGGAAGCUCUGGCAGUACCCCUCUGCUUAAUGAGCCCAGGUCACUCUUGGGGAAACACAGGUGGUCCACACCAAGCAGCCUUGGAGAGAGAAUCACAGGAUUGAACUGUGGGGCAUGGUACAGCAUCUAAGCAGAUGCUGUUAAGGGGAAAAAUCUGGCCCAGAAUGUCCAUCCUGGUCAGUGCUGUGUGGGAGGGCUCUUCCUUGCUAGCUGUAGUAGUUUAUUUUUGUGUGUAGCCUGCCUUGCGGCCAAGACUUUGAGUAAGGGAGGAAACACUCAGCUAGUUAAGUGCUGCUGGGAUCUCAUUGGCUAAUUUGGGGGUAUGCUGAUCUUCCAGGAGCAAACAUAAACAUGUUUUCAGUGUUUGUGUCUCCUGUUUUGUACUCUCAGUUACCUUUCCUGUAUUGCAGCAUCUGCUUAGCUCUUAUUUGGCUUUUAUUAGUAGUAGCUGGUGUGUAGGAGGAGGAACAGAAACUUGAAAACUCAGAAACUUCCUGAGGAAGUCUGGAAAAGGUGGUCAGCCAGCAGCAAUCACAUCUCCUUUAUGGAUUCAGGCUAGCAGGAACAGCCUGGUGGGGUCCAUCUUGGAUAGACGCGGAUGAUGCCAGAGCUAUGACAGGGAUUGCAGUCUUGGCACUGAGGGGUGAUCAAUUAUGGAACAACUACAGGAGGAAGUACCUGAGGUCAAGGAAGAGGAAGAGGAAGAGGCAGUGAUGGUGGCAAGUGGAGCCUCAGACCCAACUGGAGGACCAGACAGCUCGCUGCCUUCAAGCAGCUACACAGACCUGUCACAGAGCUCCUCUCCCUCACUGUCGGACCAGCUGCAGAUGGGCUGCGAGGAGGCAGCGCUGGGAGCGCUGAACGUGGAGUGCAGGGUCUGUGGAGACAAAGCUUCAGGCUUCCACUAUGGCGUGCAUGCCUGCGAGGGCUGCAAGGGUUUCUUCCGCCGGACGAUCCGCAUGAAGCUGGAGUAUGAGAAGUGUGAGAGGAGCUGCAAGAUUCAGAAAAAGAAUCGAAACAAGUGCCAGUACUGCCGCUUCCAGAAAUGCCUCUCGUUGGGCAUGUCACACAAUGCAAUCCGCUUUGGGCGCAUGCCAGAGGCAGAGAAGAGGAAGCUGGUGGCAGGGCUGACAGCAAGCGAGAUUGGCUGCCAGAACCCACAGGUGGCUGACCUGAAAGCUUUCUCCAAGCACAUCUACAACGCCUACUUGAAGAAUUUCAACAUGACCAAAAAGAAGGCAAGAGGUAUCCUGACCGGGAAGGCCAGCAGCACCCCACAGCCUUUUGUGAUCCAUGACAUGGACACCUUGUGGCAGGCAGAGAAGGGGCUGGUGUGGAAGCAGCUGGUGAAUGGCAUCCCCCCCUACAAGGAGAUCGGGGUGCACGUCUUCUACCGCUGCCAGUGCACCACGGUGGAGACUGUGCGGGAGCUCACCGAGUUCGCCAAGAGCAUCCCCAGCUUCAUAGGCCUCUACCUGAAUGACCAAGUGACUCUGCUCAAGUACGGGGUGCAUGAAGCCAUCUUCGCCAUGCUGGCCUCCAUCAUGAACAAGGAUGGGCUGCUGGUGGCCAACGGGAAUGGCUUUGUGACCCGCGAGUUCCUGCGCAGCCUGCGCAAGCCCUUCAGUGAGAUCAUGGAGCCCAAAUUUGAGUUUGCUGUGAAGUUCAACGCGCUGGAGCUGGAUGACAGCGACCUGUCCCUGUUUGUGGCUGCCAUCAUCCUGUGCGGAGACCGCCCUGGCCUGAUGAACGUGAAGCAGGUGGAGGAGAUCCAAGACAACAUCCUGCGAGCGCUGGAGUUCCACCUGCAGUCCAACCACCCAGAUGCCCAGUACCUCUUCCCCAAGCUGCUGCAGAAGAUGGCUGACCUGCGACAGCUGGUGACAGAGCAUGCCCAGCUGGUGCAGAAGAUCAAGAAGACAGAGACAGAGACAUCUCUGCACCCACUUCUGCAGGAGAUCUACAAGGACAUGUACUAAGGACCUGUUAUUUAUGAGAAUGAAGCCAUUGAUUCAAGACUCUUUGUACAGAAACAAAGAAAACCCUUCCCAGUGUCUUCCAUUUCUCCUACUGGAAACUCUUUUCUAUGUGACCCUGACAUACGGUACAUAGGGCAAGAUGCUGUCAGGAUUUGCAGCUGCCUCCUGCUUGGCCAGGGCUUCCAUUAACACACACUAAUAAAUCUGCAAAGCUGCUGUUCCCGUUCCUGUGACCCAGCUCUGGCUGCUCCCUCAGCGGAGCAGCUGCCCGGUUUACAUGGUUCAGGCAGCAAGGUCACUGUGGCACCUCGAGUCCCCAGGGUGGGGAGCUCUGGUCCUGAGGAGUGCCAAGGGGGUGCAGGGGCCAGCGGGGCCGACAGCAGCACUUACAGUGUAUUUGUGUUCUCUUGUUCAUUUGCACUCCAAGGACGUGGUCCUGAGCCAUGAAGUCGGGGACAGUGUGAUAAAAGGAUGUAUCUCUCUUUCCCAAAGAAAAGCUCUGGGGUAUUUGAACAUGGGUAGGGCUGUCCCAGCAGAGACCCUCAGCUGCGGCCCUGCCUGUGCUCUGCAGUGUGUUCCUGUCUCCCACAGGACUGUGUGAGCUCUGCCUUCCCAGGUGCUGUGUGGGAGCCUUUGCUUCUGGCACCCUCGUUCCAUAGGGAACGUGUCCCUUGGCACCUCAGUAUGAGAGGCUGGGAUGGGGAAUUAGGAGGGAAAGGAUUUGAUUCCUUAAAAUUCACCUUCAGAGGAGAGGCACAGAAUCCAUGGCUUCCACAGGCUGUUCUGCACAGAUGUGAGUUAGAAAAAAAGGUGUGUGGAGGGUCAGGGGCCUUGAGCUGGUCAAGGUUUGGUGUCCUGCCUCAGUUUCCCCUCUGUGAAAGGUGCCUGGAUUGUCACAUGCUGUCUGCUCGGAGCAGGAGCACGAGGAUCUGUUAGUGCAUUGGUUGCAGAAAGCUUUGCAGCUGUAAAUGCCAAGGAUUUAUAAGCAGGGAGGGAGGAUGCUCCCAAUGGGCAGGAGCUUCCCAGUGAGCAUGGCUGUGUCAGGGAAGCUGCUAGUCCUCUGCCACUGUUUCCAAGAGUGUGAACAGCUCCAGGCUUAGGGGUCUGCCUGAACCCAGCAGCAUUCUGGGACUUUACCUCACAACUUCUCACAGCUGUAGUGAAACACCUCGGUGCUGCCUGGGCCAGGCCAGGCCCCUGGUGUGGGGGCUGUGUCACUUGGACUUUGGGUGGACCUGGGAAGGGCUCGGUUUCCCUUUCAGGGUAAUGGUGUCUCAUCUAAGAAGCAACACUUCCUCAUCUGCAGCUCGUAGUCCCCUGUGUCCUGAGCAGCCUUAUUAAAAUACUGAUAUUCUCCAGGAGGGGUUGUGGGAGCAAAUUAUUUGGUUUUAUUUUACUUUCCUCCUCUUCAGGGUAGCAGAUUUCCUUGGUGCAAUAAUUCCUUUAAAACCCAAAGGAGAAGAGCACUGGACUUUCCCUCCCCAUCACAGGGCUGGCCGGUCCCAAACCUCCCCAUGCUGCCACACUCCACUCCUUUUGCCGUGCCUCAGUUUCCCUGCCCAGCCCUCCCCUCCCUACCUCGCAGGAGUGUUGGGAAUUACCGUUUCUGAAGCACUUUGAAGCCCUCUGGGGGAAGGCAUUGGAGGCAUGCGUGUGCUCGUCGGAGCCCGGGGGAUUUGUCUUUCCCAAAACCCCGGUGGUGUCCCCGCCGCGGCCACAAUGCAGGACUCGUGCCCAUCACCUGGGAAACUUUUUGCUCUUCCUUCCUCGACAGUAUAACAACCCUCAAACUGAAAUGUAUAUUUUUGCUAGAAGUACAAACCUCCAAGUGUUUUUAAUAAUAUAGUGUCUACAAACUGACUUGACUUUAAAUAAAUCAGAACUAAAUAUUUAAGAA